AUGAUUGUCCAGUGGCUAUCAUUAUUUACUAUCUCAAUUAUUUCGUUUACUGUUGCUAAUCCAACAAAUUUUACUACUGAACAUCGUAAAACAUCAGAUGAUUCAUCGUCAGUAGUCGGUCGAUCGGCUAUUUCGAUUAUCGAAGAAGAUAAACGAUGUUUUGCAUGUCCAACUAUUCCAGAUACCGGCCCUAAUAGCCGAUGUAUUGUGCCAUGCCAUUACAAUCAACGAUGUUAUUUAAAAGCAUCUAAUGCCAAUGCUACACUUGCUGAUCGGCGUUGUACGAACGAGCGAUGGGUACGCGAUUUACUCGUCGAUGGUUGUCUUACAUAUAAUGGCCAAUAUUGGUGUAUGUGUUCAACCGAUUUAUGUAAUUCCGGUGAUUUUACAUCUAUUCGUGGUUAUGAUGAUUGUUCAAAUGAUCCAUGUCCAUGGGGUACGAUUUGUCUUGAUACAAAAGAUGGAUUUAGUUGUAUUUGUCCGCCAUGGCAAGAUGAUUGUACUUAUGGUUCUAAUAUUGGUUGUUCUUGUAAAAAUGGUGGGCGAUGUCUUAUGGGCCUUGGAAGUUUUAUUUGUGAAUGUCCAUAUGGUUAUAAUGGAAUGAGUUGUGAAACAAGAGAUAUUUGUAUUCCUAAUCCAUGCAUGAAUGGUGGUACUUGCCAAUCACAAGGAUUACUCAGCUUUACAUGCCAAUGUCGACCGGGAUUUCAAGGACUGACUUGUCAGAUAUGUGAUGCUUGUAUACCAAACCCUUGUCAAAAUGGAGGAACAUGCGUUUCUGAUGAAAUGACAGGAUAUUUUCGAUGUUCUUGUCCACCUGGAUAUACAGGUCGUACAUGUGAUAUUAACAAUCAAGUAACAUUUCCUCCUUUUAAUCCAUGUUCACCCAAUCCAUGCAAAAAUGGUGGAACAUGUCAACCAACCAAUUCAGGAAGCUUCAUGUGUAUGUGCCCUGUUGGUUAUCAGGGAAAUUGUUGUGAACUUCGAACGGAUCCUUGUAUGCCAAAUCCAUGUCAAAACAAUGGUAUCUGUACAGCAAGUGGAACCUCUUAUGCUUGUGCAUGUCUAACUGGAUAUACAGGACAACGUUGUGAUACACGUGAUCCUUGCGCAGAAAAUCAAUGUCUUAAUGGUGGUCAAUGUAUACCAAAUGGAAUGGGCGGAUUUACCUGUAUGUGUCAAAAUCAAUAUACUGGUUCACGUUGUGAACAACGUGUCGAUCCAUGUGCUAGUCAACCAUGCCGUAAUGGUGCUACUUGUCAACCUACGAAUAGUAAUUCUUUUCAAUGUAUCUGUCCACCGGGUUAUUCAGGUUUCGAUUGUUCAAUACGCGAUGUAUGUACUCCGAAUCCUUGUCUCAAUGGGGGAGCUUGUAUGGCGAAUGGUUUUGGAGGAUUCCUUUGUCAAUGUCAACCAGGAUACAGCGGCCAACGAUGCGAAGACAGGGAUCCUUGUGGUUCUCAACCUUGCAUGAAUGGAGGUACUUGUUUACGAGAAAAUGAUGGCUUUUGUUGUGCUUGUCCACUUGGAUAUACUGGAACUCGAUGUGAAAUUCGAGAUGCAUGCCAACCAAAUCCUUGCAUGAACGGAGGUACAUGCCAAUCAACGAAUGGAAAUAGUGGAUAUCAAUGCAUGUGUCCGCCUGGGUAUAUGGGUACACGUUGCGAAAUAAGAGAUGCUUGUACGCCAAACCCCUGUUUGAACGGUGGAGUUUGUACGUCAAACGGAUUUGGAGGUUUUACUUGUCAAUGUCAACCGGGAUAUAGUGGUCAACGAUGUGAAGAUCGCGAUCCUUGCGCUUCUCAACCUUGUAUCAAUGGAGGAACUUGCAUGCAAGAUAAUGGUGGUUUCCGUUGUGUGUGCCCUCCGGGUUAUUCAGGAAUGCGCUGUGAAAUUCGAGAUGUAUGCCAACCGAAUCCUUGCAUGAACGGGGGAGCAUGUCGGCCAACAAAUGGAAAUACCGGCUUUCAAUGCAUGUGCUUACCUGGUUUUAAUGGCCAACGUUGUGAAACAAAAGAUGUAUGUACGCCAAAUCCUUGCUUGAAUGGUGGUGCCUGUAUAUCAAAUGGUUUUGGCGGAUUCAGUUGCCAAUGUCCAUCAGGCUUUAGUGGCCAAACAUGUGAAGACCGCGACCCUUGUGCUUCUCAACCUUGUAUGAAUGGAGGAACUUGCAUGAGAGAUAACGGUGGCUUUCGUUGUGCUUGCCCACCAGGCUAUUCAGGAGCGCGUUGUGAAAUCCGAGAUGUUUGCCAGCCUAACCCAUGCAUGAAUGGUGGCACUUGUCGACCAACCAAUGGAAACAGUGGAUACCAAUGCAUUUGUCCACCUGGUUAUAAUGGUCAACGAUGUGAAAAUCGAGAUGCUUGUACUCCCAACCCAUGCUUAAAUGGUGGAGUGUGUUCGUCAAAUGGAUUUGGAGGGUUCAGCUGCCAAUGUUCAUCUGGUUUCACUGGUCAAAGAUGCGAAGACCGCGACCCUUGUGCUUCUCAACCUUGUAUGAAUGGAGGAACUUGCAUGAGAGAUAACGGUGGCUUUCGUUGUGCUUGCCCACCAGGCUAUUCAGGAACGCGUUGUGAAAUCCGAGAUGUUUGUCAGCCUAACCCAUGCAUGAACGGUGGCACUUGUCGACCAACCAAUGGAAACAGUGGAUACCAAUGCAUUUGUCCACCUGGUUAUAAUGGUCAACGAUGUGAAACUCGAGAUGCUUGUACUCCAAACCCAUGUUUGAAUGGUGGAGCUUGUAUACCAAAUAAUAUUGGUGGAUUCACUUGUCAAUGCCAACCAGGAUAUUGUGGCCAGCGUUGUGAAGAUCGAGAUGUUUGCCAGCCGAACCCUUGCAUGAACGGAGGCACCUGUCGACCAACCAAUGGAAAUACAGGCUUUCAAUGCACGUGCCCCGCUGGUUACAAUGGUCAACGAUGUGAAAACAGAGAUGCUUGUACUCCAAACCCAUGUUUGAAUGGUGGAGCUUGUAUACCGAAUAAUAUUGGUGGAUUCACUUGUCAAUGUCAACUAGGAUAUAGUGGUCAGCGAUGUGAAGAUCGUGAUCCAUGUGCUUCUCAACCUUGUAUGAAUGGAGGAACAUGUCGGCCAACAAAUGGAAACAGUGGAUACCAAUGCGGUUGUCCACCUGGUUAUAAUGGUCAACGAUGUGAAAAUAGAGAUCCAUGUUCUCCAAAUCCAUGUUUGAAUGGUGGUCAAUGUGUUGCAAACAAUAUGGGUGGAUUUAGUUGCAUGUGUGUUGCUCCGUAUAGUGGUCAACGUUGUGAAGAUUCAAAUCCGUGUGCUAAUAACCCGUGUGGUAAUAAUGGUCAGUGUAUUGGAAAUAGUGGCGGAUUUCAUUGUGAAUGUAAUCUUGGAUUUUUUGGAAACCGAUGUGAACGCCUUGUUUGUGAACCAAAUCCAUGUACCAAUGGUGGUACAUGCGAGCCACGUCCAAAUGGCGUUUUUUAUUGUAUCUGUCCACCUGAUUAUCAAGGUCAACGUUGUGAAUUCCGUAAAGUUUGUGAACCAAAUCCAUGCGUGAAUGGUGGAACUUGUAGUCCAUAUGGCCUUGAUACGUACUCAUGUAAUUGUCCAUUUGGCUACACUGGACGAAAUUGUGAAACUCGUGAUCCAUGUAUUCCAAAUCCAUGUAAAAAUAGUGGUCGUUGUCGACCAAAUACUGCUGAUGGCUCAUACGUAUGUGAGUGUCCUGUGAACUUUGCUGGUAUCAAUUGUGAAAUAAGCGACCCAUGCGCAGUAAACCCAUGUCUCAAUGCUGGUCGAUGUACGCCAAAUGGAAUAGGUGGAUUUACAUGUGUUUGUCCGAAUCCAUACACUGGCCAACGUUGUGAGGAUCGAAUUGAUCCAUGCGCUAGUCAACCUUGCCGUAAUGGUGCCACUUGUCAACCUGGAAAUGGUAAUUCUUUUCAAUGUAUUUGUCCAUCAGGUUACUCAGGUUUCGAUUGUUCAACACGCGAUGUAUGUACUCCAAAUCCUUGUUUGAAUGGUGGAGUUUGUAUAUCGAAUAAUAUCGGUGGAUUUACUUGUCAAUGUCAAUCUGGAUUUAGUGGUCAAAGAUGUGAAGAUCGCAAUCCUUGCGCUUCUCAACCUUGUAUGAACGGAGGCAGCUGCAUGCGAGAUAAUGGUGGUUUCCGUUGUACCUGUCCACCAGGCUACUCAGGAAUACGAUGUGAAAUUCGAGAUGUUUGCCAACCUAACCCUUGCAUGAACGGAGGAGCGUGUCGACCAACAAAUGGAAACAGUGGAUAUCAGUGCAUGUGCUUAUCUGGCUUCAGUGGUCAACGAUGUGAGAUAAGAGAUGCGUGUACACCGAAUCCAUGUCUCAAUGGUGGUGUUUGUAUAGCGAAUAACGUUGGAGGAUUUACUUGUCAAUGUCGACCUGGCUUCAGUGGUCCACGUUGUGAAGAUCAAGAUGGUUGUGCUAGUCAACCAUGUAAAAAUAAUGGAGUUUGUGUCAGUUCAGGUGCGGGUGGAUACACAUGUCAAUGUCCAACUGGUUAUGAAGGACAAAACUGCGAACAAGUUGACAUAUGCGGUGUAAAAAAUCCAUGCAUAUGUGGUACAUGUCAGAAUGAUCUCUCACGUCCUCAAGGUUUUCGUUGUUUCUGUCCACCUGGUUAUGCAGGAGAUCGUUGUGAAAAAUUGAUUAGCUGUUUGGAUAGCGGAGAAGGAUGUACCAACGGUGGUGAAUGUAUACAACGUCCACUUGGUGAUUAUGUUUGUUCAUGUCCUUAUCCAUAUUGUGGUGCACGUUGUCAAAACCAACGACCUUUUUGUGAUGGAAAUACAGCAAGUGUUACACCAGCAGUAACAACACUAAGCCCUGUAUGUUCUUCAAGUCUGUGCAAUAAUCAUGGUUCAUGCCAACAAAAUGGAUAUGGUACAGGUAUCCAAUGUUACUGUUCAGCAGGAUGGUCUGGUUCACGAUGUCAAUAUGCUAUUCGUACAAAUGUUGGUCGCAGCCAAGAUUCAAUUCAACCAAACAAUUCAACUAUUUUAACAAGUACAAGUAACAGUACAAAUAUUCGACGACAACGGAAAUAA